AUGAUAAACGAAGUUAAAAAGAAUAAAUCUAUUCAUUAUAAAUCUAAUUCUUUUGUUACAGAAAAAGAAGAUGCUGCCAACAAUUAUUUUAAGGCUUAUUACACUAGAAAGGAAAUGUGUGAGAUUGGAUUAAACUAAGUAAGAAAAUAAGUAGAAAGCAUGGAUAGAUUAGAUUAAUUCAUCGUAACAUCUGCCUUAAGUAGUGGAACAGGAUCAGGAUUUACUUCUUCAGUGUUGGAAAGAUUAUUGGUUGAAUAUAAUCUAAAAGUUGAAAAAAAUGCAUUCUUUAUAUAUCCUUCAUAAAGAAUGUCUAAUAAUAUAGUAGAUGUCUAUAAUGCUGUUUCAGCUACUAAUAUGACAUUAGAGCAUUGUAAUUCUGUUGUUAUGUUUGAUCUUCAAUCAAUGUAUAAUGUCAUAGAUCUGUAGAUCAAAGACUAUGAGGAAGGAUGA